AUGAUGAAGUCACUCUUUCAACUACUCUUGUUUACUAGCAUUGCCGUCGCGGGGAAUGACUGGUCUACAGCAUGCCAUCAAGGACAAUGUGCGUGGGACUCCUCUACACACGGAGGAUCGGCGUCUUUGCAACUGUGGUCCUCGUCUCCAACCGCAAUUGCGGAUAUUACGCCUGCGGCUGGCUGGACUAUCCUUACGUGCUCGGGCUCUGCCGCUGCGCAAACCGUCCGGAUUGCAUGUGUGGACGCAUCCUCAGGCUGCUCGCACCUCCUCGAUCCAAACACGAACCCCAUUGGCCGGAUCCUACGUCUGACGGACGAGUGCGGCACCAUGCCGUUUGCUAGGAUCGCGCACAUGCGCCCUGCAGACGAUCAGACUCUGCCCUCCGCUCUCUCGCGUCGUGCCGCGCCGCCAGCCGUAUACGAUGUUGCACUCGAUACAAACUUCAGCGCCGGCUCUGAGCAUGGCACGGUGAACUUCGCGCUGACGGCAUCCUCUCUUCCAGACGUUCACGCUCGCACGAUCGAGCGCGUGCCUCGAGGUCGUUACCUGCCGCGCUCAUUCGCAGAAGAGCUGGACAGCGCUUCAAAGCGCGCGUAUAUGAAACAUGGGCUUCGAGAGCUCGCAACUGUACCUCAGGAAGACUUUCAGAACUCUUUUGACAAACAGGACAAUAUGUCCUUCCCGGUCAAUAUCAACCAGUCCAAUCUGAACGUAUUCAACACGACGAUAAACUGCCAAUCCUCUCCCGUACCAUUCGACGCAAGCAUCUCCGUUGACGUCGACGCCGUCGUCGAUGCACAAUUCACACUCGGCGUCGUGGUUACUGGUCAUCUUUUGCCGCUGCCUAAACUCGACUCAGCGGCGAUCACGGCAGGGAUGACCGGCAGCAUCGAUAGCGCUCUCCACGUCAAAGCCAGCGCAGAUGGAAUAUUUUCGUCACCCAGCAUUACGCUCCUGGAUCUUCCGCUUCCCGGAGGUAUUGACAUUCCAGGGAUUCUUCAACUUGGGCCCGCGUUCAAGGUUUUGGCGAGCGCUAAUGCCAAUUUGGGGAACGGCAUAGACACGACUAUUGGCCUCACCUACCAGAUAGACAAUGCAAACAUGGUAUUCCCGCCAGACCAGGGUGAGAGUGGUGGGAACUUCUCGCCAAACGAGACUCCUCUCCAACUCAGCAUGGACACAAAUGUCACUGGUUCGAUCUCGCUGACAGGACAUCUCAUUCCUGAGCUCGUCAUUGGCAUUGAAGUCUUAGAGGGCGCUGUUAAGUCGGAGAUCACACUGUCACUCGACGCAUCUGCUACCGUGACCGUGGAUGGUGGCGCAGAUGUCACCGACACCACCGGCUCAUCCGCAGUGUUGACCGCACAGGGAGCGUGUGUCGACGUCAGCACAGCUCUUGCAGUCAACGCCGGUGCUAGUGCUGGCUUGUUGGACAUCUUUAGCAGCGGUGCGAGUGUGAACCUGUUCGACAAGUCUUUCGAUCUCUACAAUAGUUGUACUGGUUCGGCCGACGCGACUAGCACGUCUGCGGACAAUCGUGCCACAGCCUCAAGCUCCGUCGAGAGCCUGGCAAGCUCGUCUACGGUGCAGGCUUCUUCGGCCGAGUAUAGUGCUACCAGCAUGACAACGAACAUUGCGUCUACGGUGCUGGAACCCGAGCCAACAGUGACGUCUACUAGCACAGGAUCGUCUUCGACAGCAACCUACUCCGUGUCUGCUCGCGCCCUCCCUGUCGCCGUUUCUGUGCCGCGCGCAGCUGCUGUUGAUGUCCACUCCCUCAGCAAACGCGACAUAACUUGCCCUCGACUACCGUUUAACAUACACGCUCCCACUACCACUAACAAGGCUACACCCACCGCUACUUCCUCGUGA